AUGCCAUUUUCUAACCUGUUUUCUUCGCGCCUGUUCGGUGGGCGCACCGAGUCGGUACACGACUACGUCGGGGUUCUGGUGUCGCUGGAAGAGGCGCACCUGCACUCUUACUCGGCGAGGAUUGGCAGAUGCGAGUUCGAAGAGGCACCGCGGGAUGAGGAGAGCGAGGCGCUGGUCGAUGGCGUUGAGGAAGGCGGCGGCGGUGGUGGUGGCAAGGACGCCGACGAUGGCGUCGAAGGCGAGGGGAUGCUGCAGAUGAGCGCCGCCGAGUACACCAUCCAGGGGCUCAGGCGGGAGGUCAGGAAAGGUGAUCAGGGGAGGGCCGGGAGCGAGUAUGAACUAAAGUCGAAACUCAUUAACAAGGCCAUUCAGGAUAUUGGCAUGGGAAAGUAUAACUGGCAGUUGUUCGUGUUAUGUGGGUUUGGAUGGUUUGCGGAUAAUCUCUGGAUGCAGGGAGUCUCACUGACACUCCCCUCUUUAUCUCAAGAAUUUGGCAUAUCUGAAAAAACUGUCAGAUAUACCACGAGCUCAUUAUAUGUUGGUUUGUGUAUUGGAAGUUUUGCCUGGGGCCUUGGUGCAGAUAUCCUUGGCCGCAGAGUAGCGUUCAACAUGACUUUGUUAAUCACAAGCGUCUUUGGCAUAUGGGCAGCCUAUGCAUCCAGCUGGGGAUGGACGUGUUUCCUUUUCGCAUGCAUGGGGUCAGGAGUAGGAGGAAAUCUGCCCGUCGACGGCGCCCUCUUUCUUGAAUUCCUCCCCGACGCCUCGAGCGCUCUUUUAACAUUGUUGUCUGUUUGGUGGCCUAUCGGGCAACUGGCAUCAUCACUGGCGGCUUGGUAUUUUAUUACGACUAGACCUGUGGAGCAAGGGUGGAGAUAUUUUGUCUUGUGCAUCGGAGUCGUCACGUUCAUCAUGUUUCUGAUCCGGUUCUUCAUCUUCCAUCUCCUCGAAUCGCCGAAAUAUCUGCUUUCCCAAGGACGACAGGCGGAAGCUGUGGCCGUCGUCCACGGCAUUGCAUAUCGAAACGGGACGAAGACUUGGCUUACUGAGGAGGUACUCGAUGCUGUCGCAGAUGGUGACACCCUUGGUCAGCCAACAACUCGACUUUCCACUCGCAGUAUUAUCCAACAAAACUUCUCGGCGUUUUCUGGCGAGCAUCUGCGCCCCCUUUUUAGCAGUCGCAAGCUUGGCACCGCCACUGGACUGGUAUGGUUCUGUUGGGCGACUAUCGGGAUGGGCUACCCCUUAUUCAACGCCUUCCUGCCCCAAUAUCUAUCGCAUGGUGGAUCAACACCUCCUGAUUCGGGCACUGCGGUUUCCAGUGCCGACACGGCAACAACGUACCGCAACUACGCCAUCAUUUCCAUGGUCGGUGUGCCGGGAUCGCUCCUCGCCGCCUACACCGUGGACCACAAAUCGCCUUACCUCGGCCGCAAGGGCACGCUUGCGAUCUCAACAUUUGUCUCUGCCAUAUUUCUCUUCCUGUUUGUCGCGUUUGGCACCACGCCGAACAGUCAGCUUUUCUUCACGUGCGUCGAAGCGUUCACCCAGAAUAUAAUGUACGGCGUUCUCUACGCCUUCACCCCCGAGAUCUUCCCCGCGCCGGUAAGGGGUGCGGGAACAGGCGUCGCGAGUUUCCUGAACCGCAUCACCGGGCUUGUGGCACCAGUGCUGGCGGCGCUGUUACCUGGAGACGGCACCAAGUUGCCGAUAUACCUCAGCGGGAUAUUGAUCUUUGCUGCAUUCGGAGGUAUGUGUCUGAUACCUAUCGAGACGAGGGGUAGACAGAGGCUUUAG